AUGGAGGAACUUCUCUGCGUCGAGGAAUCGUCUUGGCGUGGUGGGUACGGAAGUAGGAGAGCGGCGUCCGGUAGCGCGAUAAAGUGCUCACCGUCCUGGCAACCCGAGCGAGUGGUUCGGGGAGCGGUAGCAUCCAUCAGGUCGGUUGGGCGCCAACAAAUAUUUCUUCUUCGACGUCGGCGGAACCAUUUCGAGAAAGCUAACAUAUGUAAACGAACAAUUUCGUUCCGGUACUUCAUUAUUAGCUGCAGCUGCUGGUUUUCCUUUUCCUUUAAUAAACACUCAUCCAUACCAAGUAGUAAAAACAACUCAAGAACAAAAAGUGCUAGAGGUGGCAACAUUGUGUGCUUGAGAGGAGGAAAUAUCUCAGUCCAAACCAGUGCUCCUCAAACCACUACUGAUGCAGCUGUGGCUUUUGGCAGGCAGAGCUUCCCUCCUGGCUUUGCUUUUGGUGCUGCCACUGCUGCUUAUCAGAUAGAAGGAGCUUGGAAUGAAGGAGGGAGAGGGCCAAGCAUUUGGGACACUUUCGCCCAACAACACCCUGAAAAAAUUGAAGAAGGGAGCAAUGGAAAUAUUGGCGUGGAUUCAUAUCAUCGAUACAAAGAAGACGUGAAGCUGUUGAAGGAUAUGAACUUAGAUUCUUAUAGAUUCUCCAUUUCAUGGUCAAGGAUUCUACCAAAGGGAUCACUGAAAGGUGGCAUUAAUCAAGAAGGAAUCAAUUACUACAACAAUCUCAUCAAUGAAUUAAUCAAAAAUGGCAUCACACCUUAUGUCACACUGUUUCAUUGGGAUGUACCUCAAGCUCUUGAGGAUGAAUAUGGAGGCUUUCUCAAUAAAAAGAUAAUGUUUGAUUUUAAAGACUAUUGUGAAAUUUGUUUCAAAGAGUUCGGAGACAGAGUUAAGCAUUGGAUAACAUUGAAUGAGCCGUGGAGUUUCAGUAGUAUGGGAUACGGUCUUGGACGGCACGCGCCUGGACGGUGCUCGCAGUUCCUUGGUUGCUCAGUCGGUAAUUCAAUCAUUGAGCCUUAUAUUGUCACGCAUAAUUUAUUGCUCGCUCACGGAGCUGCUGCUCGACUUUACAAAGACAAGUAUCAGACAACCCAAGGAGGACAAGUUGGGAUCACUUUGGUUUGUAUGUGGUAUCAUCCUUACGACCAGUCACACAAACAUGUCGAGGCGGCAACCCGAGCUUUGGAUUUCAUGCUUGCAUGGUACUUGGAUCCAUUGUUGCAUGGUGAUUAUCCAUUUAACAUGAAAGCUAUAGUGAGGGAUAGACUGCCUACAUUCAGUAAAGAAGAAGCAGAUAUGAUAAAAGGAUCAUAUGAUUUCAUCGGUAUCAAUUACUAUACUGCGAGAUAUGCCCGUGAAGUUCCAUAUUCUCAUGAUUCACCUCCUUUCCUCCACAUCAAUGAAUCAUAUGCCGAACAAUUAGAGGCGAAAGAUGGGGUUCCUAUUGGUGAAUCGAAUGGAAGCUGGAUUUAUGUGUAUCCGAGAGGACUCAGAGACCUACUGUUAUAUAUAAAGAGGAGAUAUGAAAACCCGGCAAUCUACAUUACUGAGAAUGGAAUUAGCAAUGUUGACAAGUCUGAUAUUCCGAAGGAGGAAGCUCUGGCUGAUGAAAUGAGAAAGAACUACCUUGCAGUUCAUCUAGCUGAAAUUUGUGAUGCCAUAAGGGAGGGAGCAAAUGUGAAGGGAUACUUUGCUUGGUCUCUAAUGGACAACUAUGAAUGGGAGAAAGGUUACACGGAGAGGUUUGGGCUCAAUUAUGUUGACUACAACACCUUGGAACGCACACCAAAAGACUCUGCAAAAUGGUUCUCUAAAUUCAUGCAGCCAAAGCCUCAAAACUAGCCUCCAUUAGUUACUACUAAUGUAAUAAUGGAUGAAUGUUGUACUAUCUUUGUCUCUCUUCUUAAUGCACUGGUUAUGCUGUUUGUUUCUUCAAAAUUAGUGGACUAUCCUUAUUUAAGUCACGGAUUGCCGCCUUGUCUGUACUGUCACGUGGUGAAUUAUGAUGGGUGCAUUCAAAUUAAA